AUGGACGACUUUGGCAAGCAACAUUCUCGAGACGUGACUUCUGGGAACGACUUCACCCUCUACCCAUAUUCAGAGAGCUGGAGCCGAGAGCACUCGUACCCAUCGACAACCUACGCCGAACAAGCCUAUCUCACAGCACCUUUCGAGCCGUACAAACAACAAGACUACACCCGCUUGCAGGAACAGUAUCAAUUCGGUGCCAAUCAAGCAAUCAGCCACGCAAAACGGCACCUCCACAGCGCCCACUCCAACUACUCACCUGCUCACUCGGUCGCGCACUCUUUCGACCAUCACUACCUCAAUCACAUUGCGAGUGUCUCCGAUUCCAGUGCAUCAGUACAGAGCACGAUCUCUUCUGCGAUGGGCUCUCCUUCGGCACAGCAUCAUAAUGACUGGAGCCACCACAACUACCCUUCGAUCGUUCAGCACGAUGGUACGUUCGCACAGAGCGUCGACAACAACAUGGACAUUCCUGCACCCGAGAAAGGGUGUGUUGAUCCAUCGCUGAUUCAACCUUACUCGCCAGCGCAAUAUGUCGGUAAUCAGUUUCAAGAGAUGAAUGAGAUGCCGUCUCCUAGGCAGCAGAUUGGAUACGCAGCGACAGCCUCGCCGGAGCCUUCAAGCACAUCGAUCGUCAGCCCAAGACAACAGGUCAUCAAGACACAACGGCCCGACUCUCCAUUCAUGCGCCAAAAUUCGUGGCAGCAAUACCCACAGUCCAGCGACUCUCGACGUCGCUCCAUCUCUUCCGCCCAUUCCAAGCACAGCCAUCACUCGACAUCCUCAGACGAGUCGAACAAAGGCGUGUGCCCAAUCCCGACCUGCGGUCGAAAUGUCAAGGACCUCAAAGCGCACGCAUUGACGCAUCAGAAUGAGCGACCGGAAAAGUGCUCGGUCGUUUCCUGCGAAUACCACAUCAAAGGAUUCGCGAGAAAGUACGACAAGAACCGCCAUACCUUGACGCACUAUAAGGGGACAAUGGUGUGUGGCUUCUGCCAUGGUAGUGGGAGUGCCGCUGAGAAAAGCUUCAAUCGUGCCGAUGUGUUCAAGCGACACUUGACUUCAGUGCACGGCGUUGAGCAGACUCCUCAAAGCGCAAGGAGGAAGAGUCCAGCUGCCGGCAGCAAGAAGGCUGUCGAGGUGUCAAGAGAUGCCACCGGCAUGUGUUCGACAUGCAGCAAGACCUUUGCCAGUGCGCAGGACUUUUACGAGCAUCUUGAUGAUUGUGUGCUGCGAGUCGUGCAGCAAGCUGACCCUACCGAUGCCAUCAACGAGAAGCUCCUGUUGUCCGUGGCCGAGGACGACGAGGUCAUUGCAACGCUGGCGCGGAACAUGCUCCCGACGAACCUCGACUACGCCGCACCAACGACAUUCGCCGAGAGCGAAGCAGAUGAAGACGAAGACAUGAUCGAGGAAGACGACUCCAAUGACGCCACAUAUGGCAACCGGUCAUCCAGGUCGAAGAGGCCCAGCUUGAAAUCCCGACACUCCACCAAGUCCAACACCUCCCACGUCUCUUCCACUGGAUCGGUCUGCAAGCCUACCCGCAAAGGCCUCACCUUGUCCAAGUCCGGCGUCUCCCUCGCCGCGCCACCCUCCAAAGAUGGCCCAAAGCGCCGCAAGAACUACCCUCUCUCUUGGGGUGCGGCUCCCGAUAAGAUGAAGAUGCGGAAGCGCGUGCUGUGUGUGUACGAUGGACAACGGCGGUUGUGGAAGGACGAUAUGAUGUUGAGUGCCGAUCAUGAAGUGCGCAUCCCACUGACGGGUCCAGAGACCGAGGGCAGGCAGGAGGCGUGGAUCACGGACUUGGAUGUCCAGACUCUCAGGCGUGCAGACGCUUUGCACAAUGCGACCGAGGAGGAGAAGGGCCCUUGGGUGGAGGAUGAGGAGCUGGAGAGGUUGAUGCUGUGA